AUGAAAAAUUAUACAGCAAUAACAACAUUCAUCCUGGUGGGACUAACAGACGACCCAACGCUACAAAUUCUACUUUUUAUCUUUUUGUUCCUAACCUAUUUGUUGAGUGUUGUUGGGAACCUGACCAUCAUCACUCUGACCUUGGUGGAUUCCCAUCUUAAAACACCCAUGUACUUUUUUCUCCGGAAUUUCUCCAUCUUGGAAGUCUCAUUUACAACUGUCUGCAUUCCCAGAUUUCUCUACACGAUGGCAUCUGGGGACAAUACUGUUACUUAUAAUGCAUGUGCCACUCAGUUAUUUUUUGUUGUUGUCCUGGGUGCGACUGAGUUUUUUCUCCUGACAGCCAUGUCUUAUGACCGUUAUGUAGCCAUCUGCAAACCCCUGCAUUACACGACAAUCAUGAACAACAAAGUCUGCAUCAAGUUCCUUAUUGGCUGUUACAUAAUUGCUCUAAUCAUUGUCAUCCCACCAUUUGGCAUGGGCUUUGAGCUCAAGUUUUGUGACUCCAAUGUCAUAGACCACUUUGGCUGUGAUGCUGCCCCCAUCCUGAAGAUCACCUGCUCUGACACAGAGUUCAUAGAGCGGUUUGUCUUAAUCUUAGCUGUGUUGACCCUCCUGUUCACGUUAGUGUGCGUGAUUACGUCCUACACUUACAUCAUCAGGACCAUUCUCAAAUUCCCUUCUGCCCAGCAGAGGAAGAAGGCUUUUUCCACAUGCUCUUCCCAUAUAAUUGUGGUUUCUAUUACUUAUGGAAGCUGCAUCUUCAUCUAUAUUAAGCCAUCUGCAAAAGAAGGGGUGGCUAUUAAUAAGGUGGUGUCAGUACUUACCACCUCGGUUGCCCCGGUUAUGAAUCCCUUCAUUUAUACUCUCAGGAACAAGCAAGUGAUACAGGCUUUCAGUGACAUGAUCAAAAGGAUUGCAUCUCUCUCAAAGAACUAA